CCCGCCCGCGUGUGGCCGCUGCGCGCAGUGUCCCCGGGGUCAGGGCCGCGCGCUCGGCGCCCCGCCCCCGCCAUGGGCCUGGAGCUCUACCUGGACCUGCUGUCCCAGCCCUGCCGCGCCGUCUACAUCUUCGCCAAGAAGAACGGCAUCCCCUUCGAGCUGCGCACCGUGGAGCUGCUCAAAGGAGCAGAAACCUCUCAGAUAAACUCCCGCAAAGCCAGGAUCCUGUAGGGAGUGGGCACAGGCCCUACAAGGCUCUGCAUUCUCCUCUGACCACCCACCAUGAUGCGCUCUCCGCAGGCCAGCACCUCAGCGAUGCCUUUGCCCAGGUGAACCCUCUCAAGAAGGUGCCUGCCCUGAAGGAUGGCGACUUCACCUUGACAGAGAGUGUGGCCAUCCUACUCUACCUGACUCGCAAGUUCAAGGUCCCUGACCACUGGUACCCUCAGGAGCUGCAGGCUCGUGCCCGCGUGGAUGAGUACCUGGCAUGGCAGCACACGACCCUGCGGAAAAACUGCCUCCGGACCCUGUGGUAUAAGGUAAUGUUCCCCGUUUUCCUGGGUGAGCCUGUAUCUCCCGAGACCCUGGCAGCCACCCUGGCAGAGUUGGAUUCGACCCUGCAGAUAUUUGAAGACAAUUUCCUCCAGAACAAGGCCUUUCUUGUGGGGCCCCACAUUUCCCUGGCUGACCUGGUGGCCAUCACGGAGCUGAUGCACCCCGUGGGCGCUGGCUGCCAGAUCUUUGAAAGCCGACCCAAGCUGGCUGCAUGGAGCCAGCGCGUGGAGGCAGCCGUGGGGUCACUCCUCUUCCGGGAGGCCCAUGAGGUCAUCCUGAAGGCCAAUGACUUUCCACCUGCGGACCCUUCCGUAAAGCAGAAGCUGAUGCCUCGGGUGCUGGCCAUGAUCCAAUGAGCCGGGAAGCCUCCCGUCCCCCCGUCCCCCCGGCAGAUCACAAAACACUUUCAUGAGACCCCAGAGAGCAGGAGUGACUUGCCUGAGUCCCAUUGCUCCCCAGGCCAGGUCCCUAGCCCCACCCCCUCUUCCAUUGCGACCUGAAAAGCGUGAGAGAAUAGCCCACUCAGCCCUUGUCUCCUUUAGUCACUAAUUUCCUUUGCAGUUUGGUAAAUAAACCUGGGCUUAGCCUGAGCCUCCACUUCUAA